AUGGCAUCUCCCAGACCAUCCUCUCCUUUGACCUCUGGUCCGGAAUCUGGGCCCGACUCCACUCCUUCUGCUCAAAAAGCCAGCGGAGCAUCUUCCAUCGCACGUGCAGGUUCUCCUCCAGGAGGCCCGCGUUCUGCCAUUCGUCGUCGCGCAGCUGCCGAUCAUAAAGAAUCCGUCAAGAAGGCAAGGCCCGCUUCAACGCGUGCUGCAGGCGCAGGUGGUUCUUCAGGGACAAUGCUGAGACUAUAUACCGAUGAGAGUCCGGGUUUGAAGGUAGAUCCCAUGGUCAUUCUGUUUUUGAGUCUGGGCUUUAUAUUCAGUGUGGUUGCGUUGCAUCUUAUCGCCAAAAUCACAAAGCGAUUCUCGUAA